AUGUCUAUUAUCUUCCUCCGACCUAUCUUCCUGAUCGCUCUGAUCAUCAACUUGGCCCUCCUCGCCCUCACCAUCUGGGGCGCUCUGACCAUACACAACUCUGACAUCUGGAUUGUCUUCCUCAUCGCUCUGAUCCUCGGCAUCGGCUAUCAGAUUGCCUACGUCCACUUGUGUCGUAAGAAGGCGACCGACCCCGAACAUCACAGCCGCAUCUUCAUCCACCUGCGCAACUUCUAUGACCACAGUAGCGACUCCAGCGAUGGCAUCGACAGUUCAAGCGUUCGCUUCAUACAACGUCCUCGAACCAGUACUCCUGAGUCUAACGCUCCUACUCUCGUCGGUCAUGACGUUCCCCCCCACUGCGGUACUGAAGCGGGCUAUGCCUUCAGAUAUCCUGGCAAGACUGCUGCUACUGUUGCUCACCCUGAACCUGCUCACCCUCGCACCGAGCUUCGCUCUACUACUCCUGGCGUUCCCAUCGUUCGUCUUGAGGGUCGCCGUGGCCGCGUUCUUCUACGCGCCACCAACACUAUCACUUCCACAACCCCUUUGCCUACUGGCUCGGCUCAGCCUUGGGUCUUCCUGCACACUGUCAAGCAGGAAGCUCCCACUGCCCGCACUGAAGGUGUUCGUGGUCGCUUUGUUCUUCGCUCCGUCAAGCCUGCUGCUCCUGUCACCGAGGCUGACAAGUGA